AUGGCGUUCAUGGUGAAGCACGUGGUGGGGGGGCAGCUGAAGAACCUCACCGGGGGGCUGGGCGAGGAGAAGUCCGAGGGCGAGAAGUCGGAUGCUGCUGCUAAGGGAAUGACCCAGGAGGAGUAUGAGGAGUACCAGCAGCAGCUCGUGGAGGAGAAGAUGGAGAGGGAUGCCAACUUUGCCCAGAAGAAAGCAGAACGCGCCACUGUCAGAACUCAUUUUCGAGAGAAGUACAGGCUUCCGAAGAGCGAAAUGGACGACACCCAGAUCCAGCAGGCGGGGCAGGAGGUGGAGCUGCCGCAGGAGCUGGCGAAAAUGAUCGCGGAGGACAACCAGGAGGAAGAGCAUAAACAGUCCGUCUUCGGCAAGCUGAGCAACAUCCAGAACGUGGACCUGGACCAGCUGAAGGACAAGGCCCAAGCCACGCUGGAGGACCUCAAGCAGUCUGCAGAAAAGUGCUCGGUCAUGUGAUGCGGCUUGCCGAGCCCGAGGCCGUACACUCUCUUAGUUUCUUGGUAGUUGUACGCAGAGUGCGUUCCUAACCCUACGAACAUUCCUCGACCUCAACCGCGUCUACAGCUGGGUGUUAGGUCGCGCGCCCAGCGGGAUCCUUGCAGCCCCCCCGUUCCUUAACCGCAGCGCCGGACCAAUGUCUUAGGGAAACAUUGCGAAUCCGUGCGCAACGCAGGGCAAAGAUAUUGAGAAUAAAGCGUAAAAAGCCAUCGGUUCAGAUGCCUAUUUGAGAUUCGUACUGUAAAUGUGACGAAAUAGAGCCACGUAAAGUGUCUUUCGACGUACGUGAUCCCGCAGCCUUCCGUGUGGCCCGUCCGCCUCCUUUGAGCGCACCGGGGUUCGUACGCAGCCAGACUUGCGGGCCCAGCUGGAUGCCUUACUGCAGCCCCUCGAACCAUGUGUGCUAUAGCCACCCCCCCGAAGCCCCAGCCCUUAGUCGCCCA